AUGCCUCUGUCAUCGUAUAGUUGGCACUCGGACAACAGAGAGAUAUCGGGAGCAACGAGAGCUUUAUUUUACUCCUUGCUUGAGGAUACACCUUCAGACCUUGCGCUGGUCCCCACUAAAAGUGAUGGAGGUCUAUGUACCUCGUGCUCUCAGAUUCCAUUCGACGAGGUGUUUUGUGUUGAAGAAAAGGAUGACAAAAUCACCUUUGAGAUCGGGACGUUCUCGGAAAUCGCAAGUCGGAGAGACUGUGUCUUCUGCUCCUUUGUGCGGAACGUCUGCUUGAUUGCCUUUCCCUGGCACUGGAUACGACGAUUCCUAACUUACAACCAACCAUUCAAAAUCACUGCCGGGCCAGGAGCCUGGAGAAAAUUCCAUGACAUUCCUCCUCCCACUUUCAUAGCACCGUCCGCCAGAGUGAACUCGCCUACUUUCAUCGAGCAGGAUGAGGAAUAUGAUGAAGGUUUCCUCUCCUCAUGGCUUCUAUGUCAUGUACCUCACCAGGCUCCACCACUGAGUGUUCGCCCAAGAACGAAGGGGGAAGUGGUAUAUGGGGAAGUCGACGUUGAUCUGAUCAAAUCCUGGAUAUCAAACUGCUCGGAAAAUCAUAAAUCUUGCAAAGAGAAGUUGUCCACCUCUGAGCUGCACAGUCGUGUCCGGCCGAAUUUCAUCGACGUGCUCAGCGGUAAUCUUGUGCGAGGUGAUCUUGUGACGGAUUAUGUGGCUUUGAGCUACGUCUGGGGCCCCAGCCAGCCAGUAACGCCAUGCAGACAUCAAGAGACGGGUGACGGCGAACUAGUAAUUUCCAAAGUCCCACAAGGGGAACCUCCAACAUACACACUUAGAAACUCGAAGCACUUGGUCUUGAGCCAUCCUUGUCAAGUUGUCACAGACGCCAUGGAGCUGGUGAAGAAGGUUGGACUCCGUUACCUAUGGGUCGAUGAAUACUGUAUCGGAAAUGGAGAUCGAGAAAGGGAGAUCCACAUCAGCCAAAUGGAAGCAUAUAUGAAGGAGCUUCUCUGA